GACAUCACGGGCUAGGGAACAGUGAACAGCCAGUGAAGCAUCCAGCCUGCCGAACAAGCUUUGCUUUUAGGGUCAGGAACUGGUCUGACAAGAGAAUGGCAGUCCUGCCUUUAAACCGUCACUAGGACUGUACGGCUGACGAUGAAUCCAGCGGGACUCCAGGCCCAAAGGCGAGACACUGAGCAGGAGAAUGUGAAGACAUAUUUCAGGAUCUUGUGAGUGCUACUAAAGAUGUCUGAUAGUGUCGAUAUUGAAGAGAAGCCACCAGCCCCCCCCUUGAGAAUGAACAGUAGUUCCCGAGACUCUUCAUCAGUGAAUCACGCAUCUAAACCACUUCCAAUGGCUCCUGAGGAAAAAAACAAGAAAGCUCGCCUGCGCUCCAUCUUCCCCGGAGGAGACAAAACGAACAAAAAGAAGGAAAAAGAACGUCCAGAGAUAUCCUUACCCUCAGACUUUGAACACACAAUCCAUGUCGGCUUUGAUGCUGUUACAGGAGAAUUUACAGGAAUCCCAGAGCAGUGGGCUCGGCUCCUACAGACCUCAAACAUCACCAAGCUGGAGCAGAAGAAGAAUCCACAAGCUGUGAUCGACGUGCUGAAGUUCUACGACUCCAAAGAGACCGUCAACAACCAGAAAUACAUGAGCUUCACCUCGGGAGACAAGACAGCGCACGGAUACAUUGCAGCAAACACUCUGAACCGACUGCUGUCUUCUGGGCCUCCUGUCAGCCUUAGAACCUGCAGCGCAUUAUUUGACAAGGGUGCCAAAACGUCAACAACAGAACCCCCGAUCGCUCCGCCCGUUUCAGAAGAGGAGGACGAGGAGGAGGAGGAAGAGGAGGAAGAAGAUGAAGACGAGGACGACGACGACGAGCUGCCCCCGGUCAUCGCCCCUCGACCUGAGCACACCAAAUCUAUCUACACGCGCUCCGUCAUGGACCCACCAAAGCCCCCCGCCCCGGUCAAAGAGGAGUCAACUCCACCAGAGUCGCAGGUUCAGCCUGACAACACCUCCAACACGAUGUACCGCCACACCGACCGGCAGAGGAAGAAGUCCAAGAUGACAGAUGAGGAGAUCCUGGAAAGACUCAGGAGUAUUGUCAGCGUGGGGGAUCCCAAAAAGAAGUACACACGCUUUGAGAAAAUCGGACAAGGAGCGUCUGGCACGGUCUACACUGCCAUCGACAUAGCAACCGGUCAAGAGGUGGCCAUCAAGCAGAUGAACCUGCAGCAACAACCCAAGAAGGAGCUGAUCAUCAACGAGAUCUUGGUGAUGAGGGAAAACAAAAACUCCAACAUAGUGAACUACCUGGACAGCUACCUGGUAGGAGACGAGCUGUGGGUGGUGAUGGAGUAUUUGGCCGGAGGCUCGCUGACGGAUGUUGUGACUGAGACCUGUAUGGAUGAAGGCCAGAUCGCCGCCGUCUGCAGAGAGUGUCUCCAAGCUUUGGACUUCCUACACUCCAACCAGGUUAUCCACAGAGACAUAAAAAGUGACAACAUCCUCUUGGGGAUGGAUGGAUCCGUGAAGCUCACCGACUUUGGUUUCUGCGCCCAGAUCACUCCGGAGCAGAACAAGCGCAGCACGAUGGUGGGAACGCCGUACUGGAUGGCACCGGAGGUGGUGACCCGAAAGGCUUACGGACCAAAAGUGGACAUCUGGUCUCUGGGAAUCAUGGCGAUAGAAAUGGUGGAGGGAGAGCCACCUUAUCUGAACGAGAAUCCACUCAGGGCACUUUACCUGAUAGCAACCAACGGUACUCCAGAGCUGCAGAACCCUGAAAGGCUCUCAUCGGUGUUUAGAGACUUCCUCAACCGCUGUCUGGAGAUGGAUGUGGACCGCAGAGGCUCUGCCAAGGAGCUGCUGCAGCAUUCCUUCCUCAAGCUGGCGAAGCCUCUUUCCAGCCUGACGCCUCUGAUUGUAGCUGCUAAGGAAGCCAUAAAGAACAGCAGUCGCUGAGGGCGGGGCUCCCUGUCCAAGCCCAAGGCCGGAGCGCUGCCGCUGACGCGUUGCUUCUUGACAGCAGGGGUUUGCGUGAACGGGGCGGGUUUGUGUGACUGACAGUGACAGCACAAGGACACAAGCCCCUCCCCCAGCCGCCACCACUCGUCCUCCAGGCCUCGUCUGUGGGACGGACAUCUGGCUUUGCAGCCUCUUGGCCACGCUGCUGAAAUAACAGACCUUGCCUCCUUGUUUA